AUGGAGGAGGAGGCUUUAUUGACACCGAGGGAUGGAAAGAAGCAGAAGCGGGUGAGGUUCCGGGUGGCCUCAGGGAACAGCGGGCGCAUUCUGAAAGAAAUGUUCAAAGAUGAGGGGCCAUCAGAUUCAUUGGAUUCAGAUUGCACCAGCAGCUCCGAAGCAGAACGGGCCAGCACCCCAUCCACCAACGGGGAGGUCAACGGCCACCACUGUGGAUUUUUGGGGUCAGAGUUGGAUGACAGUGGAAGCGAACCCGAUGAUCUGCUGAUGUUUGUAGGGGGGAGAGACGUGUUGUGCACCAAACGUGUGAAUAUUCUCAGUAAAAACGGAACAGUUCGAGGUGUCAAGCACAAAGUCAGUGCUGGCCAAAUACACUUUGAUAACUUGGCUAAAAACGGCGGGCCAGAACUGACGCUGGAGUUUGGGCGAAUUGUAAUCUACACCACCAGUUUUCGAGUGGUCAGGACUACAUUUGAGCGAUGUGAGCUUGUUCGAAAGAUCUUUCAGAAUCACAGGGUGAGGUUCAUAGAAAAGAACAUCGCCUUGGACAGCGAUUAUGGGAAGGAACUGGAGAUGCGCUGCAAACGAGUGGGUGAACCUCCUUCACUUCCUGUGGUCUUCAUUGAUGGACACUACCUAGGGGGUGCAGAGAAAAUACUUGAAAUGAAUGAAUUAGGAGAGCUUCAAGAUCUCCUGACCAAAAUUGAGAGGGUACAGCACCCCGACACAUGCCAGGCAUGUGGGGGAUACGCUUUUGUCCCGUGCCCUAUGUGCCAUGGUAGCAAAAUGUCUGUGUUUCGCAACUGCUUCACCGACUCUUUUAAAGCGUUGAAGUGCACAGCAUGCAAUGAGAACGGCCUUCAGCCCUGCUCCAGCUGUUCUCACUAAGGUCCUCUUCAAGUGCCUGACACACCUUCCCAGCACCAUCUCUAACCCCA